UCAUUUAAACGUUACAAUCUUCGUUGAAGGACGACUGGUUAGUAAUGGCAGCGCCUAGUGACGAGAAAAGGUUUUCACCUUUCAAUCCAACUGACCCUAAUGAUCCUGAAUGUCGGAGUAGGGCUUGUUUCGAUACAGAGACGUGGGUGAAGUUAUAUGGGAAGCCAAGAAAGAAAAAGGACAAUACAGCAAAUUCAUCCAAAUCUACACUAUCAGGAAAUGCCAGUGAAACUAAGCACAAAGAUUGUCCUGUGGAUAAAGAUGAACUUGGUCGUAAUACAUGGUCAUUUCUGCAUACAAUGGCUGCUAACUACCCACAGAAACCUUCAGAACAACAACAACAGGACAUGACAGACUUUAUGCAUCUAUUCUCAAAGUUCUAUCCAUGUGACUAUUGUGCUAAAGACUUCAGGAAUGAUUUGAAACAGCACAAGCCAGAGACGAAAAGUCAAGAUAGUUUAUCACAGUGGCUGUGUAAGAUGCACAACAUAGUGAAUGUAAAACUCGGGAAACCCAAGUUUGACUGUAGCCGUGUCAAUGAAAGGUGGAGAGACGGCUGGGCUGAUGGAAGUUGUGAUUGAUAAUAAGGAAACAUAGCUUACAUAUCAAAGCUUAAUGUCU